ACACGCCCAUCCCCUCCCCUCCCCCCUCCCCUGAAUCUCGAGCUAAUAAACCCUAGAAUUCCCGCUCCGCCGCCCCGCUCGACGCCCUGAACCCGAACCCUAGCAAGAUUUGCAUUUGCUAUGUCUUUUGGGAGUUUUUCAUAGAACAAGCCAGGUUACAUAAGAUGAGCACAGGAUUCAGCAAAGAGAUCUUUGCGCAGAAGCUUGCGAAGCUUAAUAUUGCACAACAGAGUAUAGAGACUUUAUCACACUGGUGCAUCUUCCAUCAUCGUUGCUGCCAGGAAGUUGUUGACACAUGGAAUAGAGAUUUUCACUCAGCUCCUCAAGAGAGAAAGAUAUCUUUGCUGUACCUUGCAAAUGAUAUUAUGCAGAACAGUAAGAAGGAUGGCAUGAGAUAUAUACAUGAAUUCCUGAAGGUCAUCGCUGCUGCCUUAGAUGACUUGUUCACCAAUGGUGAUGAUUUUGGACGGAAUGUUGUGAAAAGACUGGUUGACAUAUGGGAAGAUCGCAAGUUGUUUGGCACCCAAGGACAACUUCUUAAGGAAGAAUACACGCACAAAUUUAAGGAGCUAAAGUCGAAAAAAACAGGUGGAGAGCUAGUGGAGAAGGUUAUAUUGAGCUAUAAGCAUAUGUUGCGGGCACCUGUAGAUGAGGCCAAGUUAAUGAGAGAAUGCAACAGUGCUCUCAGCUUUGUUGACAACCUCAACAAAGAGUAUGGAAGUUCGUACUUAGGGAGCAGCAAUGGAUAUAGCUUUGUGGAGGAGCUGAAGCAACAACAUAGUAUUCUGAGAAACACCAUUGAACAAUUCAAAAUGUCUGAAUCACUCAGGGCCGCUCUGCUUUCUGAUUUGAAGGAAGCACUCCAUGAGCAGGAGUUCAAGACAGAAUUAGUCAGACACCAACUUCGGGCAGCUCAGGGCCGAUAUAGGAAAGCUGAUGAACUCUGCCAGAAGCUUGGAAUAGAUGUACCAAGGCACGAGCCAUCUAAUGGGUCUGAGAACUCCAGUCUCUCUGAAGUGCCUGCUACUUUUCCCCCAGUUUUAGCUAAUGCUAAUUCUAUUGAGAAGGGACGAUCAACUGCAGUGAGGUAUUCACGGGAAGGAGAUGCAGGUGAGCAUGAGACCCUCAACGGCGGCUUUUCUUCACGAGCCACCAGGGACAACUUUGAGCGGAAAACAGAAGAGCACUCCCCUGGUACUAAGAGGCAGAAGAUAGAGAACGGUAUAUCUGUUCCUCAGCCUGAAUCACUCCCACUCCCACCGCCACCUCCAUUCCCGCAUCCUGAUACAUUUGAGCAGCCACCACCACCGCCUCAGUAUCCUCCAUCACCAGAGUCUAGCCCACCACCACUUCCACCUUCAAUGCCGCCCCCAAUCCCACCACCACCACCUUCUACAGAUGCAUUUAUGCCAGUUCCUCCUCUUCCAAUGGGAGGAAUGCAAUAUUUCCCACCUUUUCCUCCACCUGUAAACUAUCCCAUGAUCAACAUGCCACCACCUUUCCCUGGUGCUCCAAAUCCUCCUCACCCAGGUUUCCUUGGAUUUGGAGGUCCCUUCUAUGGCCCGCCUUUCCCCUCGGCACCCCACCAAUGAACAGGAAAUCAGACUAGUUCCCUUAUCUGCAGAUUAGUAGCGACAGCCAGCCAGCAUAUGAGAUUGUGGUACAUGGAGCUUGAGAAAAGUUGUCAUAGAUUUUGUUUUGUUAAAGGAUAUAUGGUUCAUGAUGAUCCAUCACUGUAAUGUGUUGUGGAGCUUGGAAGGCUGUCCCAGUGUUGUACAUUUUAGUCAGUUAGCCUGAUAUUAGCUUGCGCAGACAGUUAGUUAAGUCAACUGAUCUAGUUGUUCCCAGCUCGGUCAUGGAGUCAAAACUAUAGACUUCGACAUGUUUGGAUUCUGUUGCUCUGUCAGCUAGACUUCGACAUGUUUGGAUUCUGUUGCUCUGUCAGCCAGACCGAGCUCUGAAAUUGUGACAGUCAAAGGCAGAUGCUAUCUAGCAUGACAUGUUGUAGAUCGUUAUUUCCUGUGUUCUCUGUGAAAUUCUCGGUGACAGAGGAAAUAUACAUGGCUGUUCUUGUCA